AUGGCGCUGCAUGCUGCGCCGCAGCCAGAGCUGCGCGCGGUAGUAUCGUUUGCGCCGUUUGCAAAUUCAGAUACUUUCAUCAAUGCUGUUGUUCGCGAUGUCCAUAUUUUGAUUCAUUCAUUUGCACUUACAUGGGCAUGGCUCGACGGCCAAACACAGCCACAAUCACGUUCCUUGCGCUGGGAAUACGGUGCGCUGGUCGCGUUCGAGCGUGUGUGGAUACGCAACCAGUGGACCAAUACUGGAACUGUACUUGGAUCAGACGCAAGCACACGGCGCGCGUUUUAUAAUAUCACGGCACAGGCGUUUAUCGAGGCAAUGUGCAAAGCAGACGACGGUGAGCAUACCAUACUGCACUCUGUCGGAGCGUUAUUUGGCCUAUACUUACUCUGGUCGACGCAGCCGGAGCCUGUACACACCCCGAUCACUAAUAUUGACCAGGUAGCGUAUACAUGUAUGCUCCAGCUUGUUGAGACGGCGAGAGACGUGCUGGAUACAGGCGUCGCCAUUCCUGGGUAUGCGCCACCUUCUGCAGACGUGCUCAUCGUCGUAGACGAGCUAGUGCGCUGCCAUGCUGUGCGGCUCACUAUUUCUUCUUUGCAUUCGCAGCCGCCAAAUCGCCUUGCGCCGAGUUUCACGACCGCCCACUGCAACGUUCCGUCCGACGUCCUAUGGCAUGGUACGCCCGGAUUUGACGAUAUCCAGCCUGUUGCACCGGGCACGACACUGUCGAAUGAGGAGAGCGCACCCCGGUUGACAUCGCCUACGCCUGACAUGGCGCAUCAUGGCAAGAACGAGACAGCGAAUGUGCUUGCUGCGCUCGCGCAAAGCCAACAAGCGUAUACGGAAGCGCGCGAACACUUAUAUCGCCAAGCGUUCUCGCUUGUGCAUGAAGACCCAAGUGCAUCUCCAGAGGCAUUUGACGCAGUCCUUGCACAGCUCGUCACAUUCACAGACCCGCAGUAA